UAGUAAUAUGAGUGCGGAUGGGGCGCAGCUUGAAUUGGGUGCAGGUUGUUCCAUUUCCUCGGCCAGUAGGCGCAUCUCUACACUUGACUGAACAGAUAUUCACAAAGUUGACGAAAUGCUGAGUUUGGGAAGUGGAGGAGGAAGAUCUACAAAGCCGUCUUUUGUCUCUUAUGUCACCCCAGAGGACAUGAAAAUAAAAGAAAAAGAGGAGGGUUUAAAAAGGUCAAAGCAUCCAGAUUUACUGCCAGGUGAAGUGGUGUUCUGCAGUGCGAACCAUGUGUUGAAAUACACCCUGGAGGAUGCGUCACAGCGCGGCGUGUAUGGGACUCUGCUCUGUACCAACUUCAAGAUCGCCUUCAUAAGUGACGAGACUUCUUCACAAGAGACGGCACCUCCAUUUAAGAAUAAACUUUUAAGACAAAAUGAUAUUCCCCUGACGUGCGUGGACCACAUCUACGGAGUGAAUGAUGAAAAGAAAAAGCUGAUAAUAGGAUGUCAAGUGAAGAGCAAGUACCCUUCAAAACUCAUAAUCCAGUGUAAAGAUUUGAGAGUCUUUCACUUCUCAUUGAUAUACGCAAAAGAAGAGGAAGCUAAAAAGAUAUUCCAAGGAAUUGUUCACCACAGCCUUGAACCCAAAUCUCUCAAAUGUGUUUUUGCUUUUUCAUACUGUGAAACCGCAUCACCAUCCAAAGCCUCUCGGAAAAGAAGUCGAACUUUAAUGUUUGAAACGAAAGAGGACUGGAGCGUGGAGCUGGAUCGCACUAAAGGGAAGUGCAAAGUGUCGAGUGCCAAUGAGGACUAUGUUAUCUCUGAGACGCUGCCACAGUUCUUUGUUGUCCCCUUUGCUGUUUCAGACGACGAUAUUUUGAGAUUCCAUGGUAAAGGAAUACCUUUCUGGUGCUGGUCCCAUCACAGUGGCUGUGCUCUUUUUAAAAUGGCUUGUUUACCCGCCAUUCAGGAGGAUGGUAUUUCACAGAAAUACAUGCACAGGAUGCUUGAUGCAGUUACCCAGGACCAGCUCUAUCCAGUGAAAGUAGAGGACCUGUCCAGCUGCCUCCCUGCUCUUCAGGACCUGCAGCUGUCAUACAACAAGUUCAAACAGCUCUUCCUGAUUGAUAGUACUACUGAAUUUUGGGUAUCUGAUAUGAAAUGGUUUUCUUCAUUGGAAAAUUCUGGCUGGCUGGAAAUCAUCAGGCAGUGUCUUAUGAAAGCGGUUGAGAUUGUAGAUUGUCUGGAAAGUGCGCACACCAGUGUAUUGAUCGUAGAGGAGAGCUGCUCAGAUCUGUGUUGCGUGCUGUCCAGCCUGGUCCAGAUUAUGCUGGAUCCCUAUUACAGAACCCGCUCCGGCUUCCAGAGCCUCGUUCAGAAAGAGUGGGUGGCAGGCGGCCAUAGCUUUCUCGAUCGUUGCAACCAUCUUUACCAGAAGGAAAAGGAGGUGCCCGCUCCAGUGUUCCUGCUGUUCUUGGAGUGUGUCUGGCAGUUAUUCCAGCAGCAUGCUCCUGCAUUUCAGUUUUCAGAAACAUACCUGACUGUCCUGUCUGAUAGCAUCCACAUUCCUCUCUUCAGCACGUUCCUCUUCAACUCGCAGCACCACAGAGACACAGCUAUGAAGCCAGGUCACCCCGAAGCACAAAGGAGCCCUUUGAAUUUCCCCUCUGUGUGGGAUUGGUCACUGCAGUUCGAUUCCAAAGCCCAGUCUCUCUUCACUAACCCCCUUUAUGUGGAGAAGCCAAUACAAGACAAAACCCUGAGGAAAACUGCUCACCAAAAGCACCAGAGACAGCUGUCUUUGCCAAAUACUUUGUCCAAGCCUUCUCCAAGAAAGGGCUUCUUUAAGGAAGAAACAGAUAACCUCAAAAAGAUUUUUUUAGGCAAGAGGGUCGGCAAAUGGCUGAACCCUACGGACAGCUCCAAGGAGUUGUAUGAGUCCUGGCAGAGGAAGCCUCUUGAUUACCAGGGCCUGCUACUGCCCUACCUGGACGGCCCGGCCAUCCGAGUCUGGAUACAGAGGUACCUGCGCUGGGUUCCAGAGGCCCAGAUCUUCGGAGGUGGCUCAAUCGCGACUGUCAACAGAGUCUUGGAGCUGGCCGGCGAGAUCCAGAACCUGCAGAAGGAGGUUGAGAGGCGCUCCUGCAGAAUGGACUCUUCCAUUGCGUGGACGCCAGUCUACUCAGGCCCUCCCUUGUGUUCCCGCCUCUCUUCCUUCCCCUUCACUGCCAUGCAUGCCUCGUCUUUCAGACCUGCCAUACCAAGCAGCAUUCGACAGAGUCUGGGCUCCGUGAGCAGCCUGGCUGACAAGGAGGACGAUGACUCUCAGGUUUCAGGUGUGCUUUAAGAGACACACAAUCCUGUUGAUUUCCAUUGCUGUGUUUAAGAACAUGUACCAACGAGAGGAGGCUGUUUGGCCCAUUCCAACUCGUCCUGGUUUCUAGUUUUUGAUUGAAAACAAUCCUUGUACAUUUGAACUGCAAAGAUCUUCACAUGUAAAAAGAGGAGCAUAAGAAUCCAGAACAGUUCUAGAAUUGCGUGACUAAUCAUUGUUUCUGUUUGUCUUAUAACCCUUCAUAUGGAUGCAUGUCAUGUAAACACGUUUGUAGAGUUAAUUGAGCCCUGCAGCCUCAAACAUUCUCCAUGUGUAGUAAAAUAGGAUUCCUGGGGCACAGUGUGCUGCAUUCUUGCAUAGUUUACCAUCCUGUACACCAGUUCUGUUUCCCACAGACUCUGUGUUUACAUUGGAUUAUGUUGUAGGCUCCAGCAGGGAGUUUGAAUUGAUACAGGAAACCUUGGACUUUUUUGAAAUUGUUUUAUUUUAAUCACGCAAGGACAUUUUUAUAUACAAAAAACAACUGGGUCCUAAAAAGCUGUUUACCUUUGUUUUUACAAGAAUAACAGAAGAUUGCUUUUCACACAUUCACCAAAUAUAAUGCACAAGUAUUUACACUUCAGUUCUGCACAUUAAUUCUGUCUUACCUUUGGUUGUAUAUACUGUAUAAGUAAAACAAGUCACAUUCUAGUAUGAAACCUUCUUGAAAAGGAUGCAUUUGAUACCAUUUUAAACAGUAACUGGUGCUGGCUUUACAUUUUAAGGUGCAAUCCUCUUUAAUGAAGAUUAAUAGUGAGCUAAACCUUGUUAUAUAGUAGAAAUGCCCUGCAGAAAUAGCAUAUUUUAUUUGUUCAGCUGCAGCCUGGUCAUGGCUACUGUGGAUAUAAUGAGGAGGUUAGUAUCCUGGCCAGCUGUAUACAGCAGUGUGCACAUGUAUUUGAACACCCCAUUGCUUCUGUAGUUCAGCAGUGUGCACAUGUAUUAGAACA